CCCCUUCCCCAGACAAAUUCGGCGCCCACUGGGUCGCCACAGGUCGGUGACCUUAGAGGACUGUUUGCCCGAGACUCGUGGGGCUGGAUGGGAAUUGUAGUCUUCCUAAGAGUUGUAGGUAUUUUUUUUAGGCCUAGUUUUUCCUUUCAAGAUACGAAAACAUAACAACACUCCAAUCCAUAACUGUUGACGUGUAUAAGCGCGUGGAGGUCUCCAAUCUAUCCGCUGGAUUUCCGUGAGAAUUGUGCCCGCUUCGCUAUUGGAUGUUUCUCUCCAUAAGACUACACUUUCCACAAGGAACACUGUGGCAACGACCUUUCAUUCCGCAGCGAAUGCUGGAAAUAGUUCUUUCCGUCCACCCCCCCCCCCAACAAUCCUUAUUUCUUAUAUUUACCUAAACUAGAGACCUCCAUUAGGGCGGAAAGAGUGGGGGAAUGGGACCUCUUUUUACGACUGCUUUGGACACUAGGUAGCGAUUCUGACUCUCGUAUAGCAAUUACUGUGACGUAAUAAGCCGCAACUGGACGCGUAGAGGCCAGAGGGCCGGCACUUUAGGGCAAACUAGGGUAGAAUUCUUCCUCUCCCGUCUCUUUCGUUUUACGUUAUCUGGGGGCAGACUGGGUGGCCAAUCCAGAGGCCCGAGAGAGACUUGGCUCCUUCUGUCCCGCCCUUCCUCUGAUUGUGCCUUGAUUUCGUAUUCUGAGCAGCUGUUGCUUAGCGGUAGCCAGCUGGUUUCCGUGGCAACGGAAAAGCGCGGGAAUUACAGAUAAAUUAAAACUGCGACUGCGCGGCGUGGGCUCGCUGAGACUUUCUGGACGGGGAACAGGCCGUGGGGUUUCUCAGAUAACUGGGCCCCUGGGCCCCAGAGGCCUGCACCCUCUGCUCUGGGUAAAGUUCAUUGGAACAGAAAGAAAUGGAUUUAUCUGCUGUUCGCGUUGAAGAAGUACAAAAUGUCAUUAAUGCUAUGCAGAAAAUCUUAGAGUGUCCAAUCUGUCUGGAGUUGAUCAAGGAACCUGUCUCCACAAAGUGUGACCACAUAUUUUGCAGAUUUUGCAUGCUGAAACUUCUCAACCAGAAGAAAGGGCCUUCACAGUGUCCUUUGUGUAAGAAUGAUAUAACCAAAAGAAGCCUACAAGAAAGUACAAGAUUUAGUCAACUUGUUGAAGAGCUAUUGAAAAUCAUUCAUGCUUUUCAGCUUGACACAGGUUUGCAGUUUGCAAACAGUUAUAAUUUUGCAAAAAAGGAAAAUCACUCUCCUGAACAUCUAAAAGAUGAAGUUUCUAUCAUCCAAAGUAUGGGCUACAGAAACCGUGCCAAAAGACUUCUACAGAGUGAACCCGAAAAUCCUUCCUUGCAGGAAACCAGUCUCAGUGUCCCACUCUCUAACCUUGGAAUUGUGAGAACUCUGAGGACAAAGCAGCAGAUACAACCUCAAAAGAAGUCUGUCUACAUUGAACUGGGAUCUGAUUCUUCUGAAGAUACGGUUAAUAAGGCAACUUAUUGCAGUGUGGGAGAUCAAGAAUUGUUACAAAUCACCCCUCAAGGAACCAGGGAUGAAACCAGUUUGGAUUCUGCAAAAAAGGCUGCUUGUGAAUUUUCUGAGAAGGAUAUAACAAAUACUGAACAUCAUCAGUCCAGUAAUAAUGAUUUGAACACCACUGAGAAACAUGCAACUGAGAGGCAUCCAGAAAAGUAUCAGGGUAGUUCUGUUUCAAACUUGCAUGUGGAGCCAUGUGGCACAAAUACUCAUGCCAGCUCAUUACAGCAUGAGAACAGUUUAUUACUCACUAAAGACAGAAUGAAUGUAGAAAAGGCUGAAUUCUGUAAUAAAAGCAAACAGCCUGGCUUGGCAAGGAGCCAACAUAACAGAUGGACUGGAAGUAAGGAAACAUGUAAUGAUAGGCAGACUCCCAGCACAGAGAAAAAGGUAGAUCUGAAUGCUAAUGCCCUGUAUGAGAGAAAAGAAUGGAAUAAGCAAAAACUGCCAUGCUCUGAGAAUCCUAGAGACGCUGAAGAUGUUCCUUGGAUAACACUAAAUAGCAGCAUUCAGAAAGUUAAUGAGUGGUUUUCCAGAAGUGAUGAACUGUUAAGUUCUGAUGACUCACAUGAUGGGGGGUCUGAAUCAAAUGCCAAAGUAGCUGAUGUAUUGGACGUUCUAAAUGAGGUAGAUGAAUAUUCUGGUUCUUCAGAGAAAAUAGACUUACUGGCCAGUGAUCCUCAUGAGCCUUUAAUAUGUAAAAGUGAAAGAGUUCACUCCAGUUCAGUAGAGAGUAAUAUUAAAGACAAAAUAUUUGGGAAAACCUAUCGGAGGAAGGCAAACCUUCCCAAUUUAAGCCAUGUAACUGAAAAUCUAAUUAUAGGAGCACUUGUUACUGAGUCACAGAUAAUGCAAGAGCGUCCCCUCACAAAUAAAUUAAAGCGUAAAAGGAGAACUACAUCAGGUCUUCAUCCUGAGGAUUUUAUAAAGAAAGCAGAUUUGGCAGUUCAAAAGACUCCUGAAAUAAUAAAUCAGGGAACUAACCAAAUGGAGCAGAAUGGUCAAGUGAUGAAUAUUACUAAUAGUGCUCAUGAGAAUAAAACAAAAGGUGAUUCUAUUCAGAAUGAGAAAAAUCCUAACGCAAUAGAAUCACUGGAAGAAGAAUCUGCUUUCAAAACUAAAGCUGAACCUAUAAGCAGCAGUAUAAACAAUAUGGAACUAGAAUUAAAUAUCCACAAUUCAAAAGCACCUAAAAAAAAUAGGCUGAGGAGGAAGUCUUCUACCAGGCAUAUUCAUGCGCUUGAACUAGUAGUCAGUAGAAAUCUAAGCCCACCUAAUUGUACUGAACUACAAAUUGAUAGUUGUUCUAGCAGUGAAGAGAUAAAGAAAAAAAAUUACAACCAAAUGCCAGUCAGGCACAGCAGAAACCUACAACUCAUGGAAGAUAAAGAAUCUGCAACUGGAGCCAAGAAGAGUAACAAGCCAAACGAACAGACAAGUAAAAGACAUGCCAGUGAUACUUUCCCAGAACUGAAGUUAACAAAGGUACCUGGUUCUUUUACUAACUGUUCAAAUACUAGUGAACUUAAAGAAUUUGUCAAUCCUAGCCUUUCAAGAGAAGAAAAAGAAGAGAAACUAGAAACAGUUAAAGUGUCUAAUAAUGCCAAAGACCCCAAAGAUCUCAUGUUAAGUGGAGAAAGGGUUUUACAAACUGAAAGAUCUGUAGAGAGUAGCAGUAUUUCAUUGGUACCUGAUACCGAUUAUGGCACUCAGGAAAGUAUCUCAUUACUGGAAGUUAGCACUCUAGGGAAGGCAAAAACAGAACGAAAUAAAUGUAUGAGUCAGUGUGCAGCAUUUGAAAACCCCAAGGAACUAAUUCAUGGUUGUUCUGAAGAUACUAGAAAUGACACAGAAGGCUUUAAGUAUCCAUUGGGAAGUGAAGUUAACCACAGUCAGGAAACAAGCAUAGAAAUAGAAGAAAGUGAACUUGAUACUCAGUAUUUGCAGAAUACAUUCAAGGUUUCAAAGCGCCAGUCCUUUGCUCUGUUUUCAAAUCCAGGAAAUCCAGAAGAGGAAUGUGCAACAUUCUCUGCCCACUCUAGGUCCUUAAAGAAACAAAGUCCAAAAGUUACUUCUGAAUGUGAACAAAAGGAAGAAAAUCAAGGAAAGAAAGAGUCUAAUAUCAAGCCUGUACAGACAGUUAAUAUCACUGCAGGCUUUUCUGUGGUUUGUCAGAAAGAUAAACCAGUUGAUAAUGCCAAAUGUAGUAUCAAAGGAGGCUCUAGGUUUUGUCUAUCAUCUCAGUUCAGAGGCAACGAAACUGGACUCAUUACUCCAAAUAAACAUGGACUUUUACAAAACCCAUACCAUAUACCACCACUUUUUCCUGUCAAGUCAUUUGUUAAAACUAAAUGUAACAAAAACCUGCUAGAGGAAAACUCUGAGGAACAUUCAGUGUCACCUGAAAGAGCAGUGGGAAACGAGAACAUCAUUCCAAGUACAGUGAGCACAAUUAGCCAUAAUAACAUUAGAGAAAAUGCUUUUAAAGAAGCCAGCUCGAGCAAUAUUAAUGAAGUAGGUUCCAGUACUAAUGAAGUGGGCUCCAGUAUUAAUGAAGUAGGUUCCAGUGAUGAAAACAUUCAAGCAGAACUAGGUAGAAACAGAGGGCCAAAAUUGAAUGCUGUGCUUAGAUUAGGGCUUUUGCAACCUGAGGUCUGUAAACAAAGUCUUCCUAUAAGUAAUUGUAAGCAUCCUGAAAUAAAAAAGCAAGAACAUGAAGAAUUAGUUCAGACUGUUAAUACAGACUUCUCUCCAUGUCUGAUUUCAGAUAACCUAGAACAGCCUAUGGGAAGUAGUCAUGCGUCUGAGGUUUGUUCUGAGACUCCUGAUGAUCUGUUAGAUGAUGGUGAAAUAAAGGAAGAUACUAGUUUUGCUGCAAAUGACAUUAAGGAGAGUUCUGCUGUUUUUAGCAAAAGCAUCCAGAGAGGAGAGCUCAGCAGGAGCCCUAGCCCUUUCACCCAUACACAUUUAGCUCAGGGUUACCAAAAAGAGGCCAAGAAAUUAGAGUCCUCAGAAGAGAACUUAUCUAGUGAGGAUGAAGAGCUUCCCUGCUUCCAACACUUGUUAUUUGGUAAAGUAAGCAAUAUACCUUCUCAGACUACUAGGCAUAGCACUGUUGCUACCGAGUGUCUGUCUAAGAACACAGAGGAGAAUUUAUUAUCAUUGAAGAAUAGCUUAACUGACUGUAGUAACCAGGUAAUAUUGGCAAAGGCAUCCCAGGAACAUCACCUUAGUGAGGAAACAAAAUGUUCUGGUAGCUUGUUUUCUUCACAGUGCAGUGAACUGGAAGACUUGACUGCAAAUACAAACACCCAGGAUCCUUUCUUGAUUGGUUCUUCCAAACGAAUGAGGCAUCAGUCUGAAAGCCAGGGAGUUGGUCUGAGUGACAAGGAAUUGGUUUCAGAUGAUGAAGAAAGGGGAACGGGCUUGGAAGAAGAUAAUCAAGAAGAGCAAAGUGUGGAUUCAAACUUAGGUGAAGCAGCAUCCGGGUAUGAGAGUGAAACAAGCGUCUCUGAAGACUGCUCAAGGCUCUCCUCUCAGAGCGAAAUUUUAACCACUCAGCAGAGGGAUACCAUGCAAGAUAACCUAAUAAAGCUCCAGCAGGAAAUGGCUGAACUAGAAGCUGUGUUAGAACAGCACGGAAGCCAGCCUUCUAACAGCUACCCUUCCAUCAUAACUGACUCUUCUGCCCUUGAGGACCUGCGAAAUCCAGAACAAAGCACAUCAGAAAAAGCAGUAUUAACUUCACAGAAAAGUAGUGAGUAUCCUAUAAACCAGAAUCCAGAAGGCCUUUCUGCUGACAAGUUCGAGGUAUCUGCAGAUAGUUCUACCAGUAAAAAUAAAGAACCAGGAGUGGAAAGGUCAUCCCCUUCUAAAUGCCAGUCAUUAGAGGAUAGGUGGUAUGUGCACAGUAGCUCUGGGAGUCUUCAGAAUGGAAAUUACCCAUCUCAAGAGGAGCUCAUUAAGGUUGUUGAUGUGGAGACACAACAACUGGAAAAGUCUGGGCCACACGAUUUGAUGGAACCAUCUUACUUGCCAAGGCAAGAUCUAGACGGAACCCCUUACCUGGAAUCUGGAAUCAGUCUCUUCUCUGAUGACCCUGAAUCUGAUCCUUCCGAAGACAGAGCCCCAGAGUCAGCUCAUGUUGGCAGCAUACCAUCUUCAACCUCUGCAUUGAAAGUACCCCAGUGGCAAGUUGCAGAAUCUGCCCAGAGUCCAGCUGCUGCUCAUAAUACUAAUACUGCUGGGUAUAAUGCAAUGGAAGAAAGUGUGAGCAGGGAGAAUCCGAAAUUGACAGCUUCAACAGAAAGGGUCAACAAAAGAAUGUCCUUGGUGGUGUCUGGCCUGACCCCAGAAGAAUUUAUGCUCGUGUACAAGUUUGCCAGAAGAUACCACAUCGCUUUAACUAAUCUAAUUAGUGAAGAGACUACUCAUGUCGUUAUGAAAACAGAUGCUGAGUUUGUGUGUGAACGGACGCUGAAAUAUUUUCUGGGAAUUGCGGGAGGAAAAUGGGUAGUUAGCUAUUUCUGGGUGACCCAGUCUAUUAAAGAAAGAAAAAUGCUGAAUGAGCAUGAUUUUGAAGUCAGAGGAGAUGUGGUCAAUGGAAGAAACCACCAAGGUCCAAAGCGAGCAAGAGAAUCCCCAGACAGAAAGAUCUUCAGGGGGCUAGAAAUCUGUUGUUAUGGGCCCUUCACCAACAUGCCCACAGAUCAACUGGAGUGGAUGGUACAGCUUUGUGGUGCUUCUGUGGUGAAGGAGCUUUCAUCAUUCACCCUUGGCACAGGUUUCCACCCAAUUGUGGUUGUGCAGCCAGAUGCCUGGACAGAGGACAAUGGCUUCCAUGCAAUUGGGCAGAUGUGUGAGGCACCUGUGGUGACCCGAGAGUGGGUGUUGGACAGUGUAGCACUCUACCAGUGCCAGGAGCUGGACACCUACCUGAUACCCCAGAUCCCCCACAGCCACUACUGAUUGCAGCCAGCCACAGGUACAGAGCCACAGGACUCCAAGAAUGAGUUUACGAAGUGGCCUUUCCAGGCCCUGGGAGCUCCUCUCACUCUUCAGUCCUUCCACUGUCCUGGCUACUAAAUAUUUUAUGUGCAUCAGCCUGAAAAGGACUUCUGGCUAUGCAAGGGUCCCUUAAAGAUUUUCUGCUUCAAGUCUCCCUUUGAAAUCUGCCAUGAGCACAAAAUUUUGGUAAUUUUUCACCUGAGAAGAUUUUAGACCAUUUAAACGCCACCAAUUGAGCAAGAUGCUGAUUCAUUAUUUAUCAGCCCUAUUCUUUCUAUUUGGGCUGUUGGCUUAGGGCUGGAAGCACGGAGCGGCUUGGCCUCAAGAGAACAGCUGGUUUCCCUAAAUUUGCUUCUCUAAAACCCUGUGUUCACAAAGGCAGAGAGUCAGACCCUUCAAUAGAAGGAGAGUGCUUGGGAUCGAUUAUGUGACUUAAAAUCAGAAUAGUCCUUGGGCAGUUCUCAAAUGUUGGAGUGGAACACUGGGGAGGAAAUUCUGAGGCAGGUAUUAGAAAUGAAAAUGAAACUUGAAGGCUGGGCAUGGUGGCUCACGCCUGUAAUCCCUGUACCUUGGGAGGGUGAGGCAAGUGGAUCACUGGAGGUCAGGAGUUCAAAACCAGCCUGGCCAACAUGGUGAAACCCCAUCUCUACCAAAAAUACAAAAAUUAGCCAGGCAUGGUGGUGGACACCUGUAAUCCCAGCUACUCGGGUGGCUGAAGCAGGAGAAUCGCUUGAGCCCGGGAGGUGGAGUGGUUACAAUGAGCCAAAAUCAUAACACAGCACUCCAGCCUGAGUGACACAGUGAGACUGUGGCUCCAAAAAAAAAGAAAGGAAAAUGAAACUAGAAGAGAUUUCUAAAAGUCUGAGGUAUAUUUGCUAGAUUUCUAAAGAAUGUGUUCUAAAACAGCAGAAGAUUUUCAAGAACCGGUUUCCAAAGACAGUGUUCUAAUUCCUCAUUAGUAAUAAGUAAAAUGUUUAUUGUUGUAGCUCUGGUAUAUAACCCAUUCCUCUUAAAAUAUAAGACCUCUGGCAUAAAUAUUUCAUGUCUAUAAAAUGACAGAUCCCACCAGGAAGGAAGCUGUUGCUUUCUUUGAGGUAAUUUUUUUCCUUUUGCUCCCUAUUGCUGAACCACACAGCUUCAUAAAUAAUUUUGCUUGCCAAAGGAAGAAAAAGUGUUUUUCAUAAACUCAUUAUCCAGAACUGUUUAUAGCUGUUGGAAGGACUAGGUCUUCCCUAGCCGCCCCCCCGUGUGCAAGGGCAGUGAAGACUUGAUUGUACAAAAUACCUGUUGUAAAUAUUGUGCUGUUAACACUGCAAAUAAACUUGGUAGUAAACACUUCCA